GAUUAGUGUAACGUUCAAAGAGAAGGUGUGUCACAUCCUUCUCAAUUUUCCUACAACAAAAAGCCAUAUCCCUCUACCUUGUGCAACUAACUCUCAUCUUUCUCUUUUAUCUCAUCCUUUUCUCAGCAAUUUGUUUUGCUUCCCUCACUUUCCAGACAAAAUAUAACAGAAAUCCAGAAACGAAAAUGUUGUCUGGAUUAAAUGGCACUGUCUGGAUGGAAGAUAAAGAAGCGCAACACUCCACCACAGACAACAACAUUCACAAUAGCUGUGAUGUGAUAGAGAGCAAGGAAGAUAUGGGUUCCCUUUCUACAUUCAAAUCCAUGCUCGAAGUAGAAGAAGAAGACUGGUAUAUUGCUAAUAGUAGUAUCCAUCAUCAUCAAGAUACCAUCAGAGAUAUUACAUUUUCACCAAAUCUUGCCGAAACAGAUAAUCUGUUGCUUCACCCUGCGGAUUCCUCCUCUUCUUGCUCACCAGCUUCCUCUGUUUUUAACAAUAUAGACCCAUCUCAGGUGCCCUACUUUAUGCACUCAAAACCUACCUUAUCUUCACUUCUUAACGCUGUCUCUAAUAACCCUUUAGAGCAUGACAUUGAGUUGGGCGAAAUUGGGUUCCUUGACAACCAGUCAACUACUACUACUACAACAAAUGCCUCACCUUUGCUAAAUAGAGGAGGCGGAGUUUUAAGCAACUACACAGAUUUGAGCUCAAAUAAUCUGUUUAGCUCUUCUAAUUUAUCCCCUGAUCCACCUUUUUCAACUACUCGUGCGCUUCAGUUACCCGAAAAUGGUCCAGGGUUUACAGGGUUUAAUGGUUUUGUUGAGAGCUCAGGGAAUAGGCUGUUCUGUAAUAGGUCCAAGUUGUUGAGGCCUCUUGAAACAUUUCCUUCGAUGGGUGCACAACCAACUUUGUUUCAAAAGAGAGCAGCUUUGAAGAAGAAUUUGACUGAUAAUGGAAGCAAUUUGGGGGUUCUGAGUGGUAUUGAGAUUGAUAAAGGAAAGAGAGAAAUCACUCAGUUGAUCGAAGAGAAUGAGAAGAAGAGCAAAUUGGGUAAGUUAGAUGACACUGUAGAGGAUGUAAGCAUUGACGGGUCAGGUUUGAAUUAUGAUUCUGAUGAGGUAACUGAAAAUAUUAAAAUGGAGGAGAUUGGUAAAAAUGGAGGGAAUAGCUCAAAUGCAAAUAGCAGCGUGACUGGCGGUGGUGUUGGGGAUCAGAAGGGGAAGAAGAAGGGGCUCCCUGCUAAGAAUUUGAUGGCAGAAAGGAGACGCCGGAAGAAGCUCAAUGAUAGGCUGUACAUGCUAAGGUCUGUAGUCCCAAAAAUAAGCAAGAUGGAUAGGGCAUCAAUCCUUGGGGAUGCAAUCGAGUACUUGAAGGAACUUCUGCAAAGGAUCAAUGACCUCCAUAACGAAUUGGAGUCAACUCCUGGCUCUUCAUUGACACCCACAAGUUUUCACCCUCUGACACCUACUCCAUCAACAUUGCCCACUCGUAUCAAGGAUAAGCUUUGUCCCACCUCAUUGCCAAGUCCAAAUGCUCAACCAGCAAGGGUUGAAGUCAGAGUGAGAGAAGGAAGAGCUGUAAACAUUCAUAUGUUUUGCGGUCGCAGACCAGGUCUCCUGCUCUCCACCAUGAGGGCCUUGGAUAACCUUGGCCUAGACAUUCAGCAAGCUGUCAUCAGUUGUUUCAAUGGUUUUGCCAUGGACAUCUUCCGAGCUGAGCAAAGCAAAGAAGGGCAGGAUGUGCAACCUGAGCAAAUUAAAGCAGUGCUCCUGGAUUCAGCAGGUUUCCAUGGAAUGAUAUAGCAGUCUCACUUUAAACAUGCAUAAGGUCAUGUUGCAGCUAUCAAAUAUAGUAGUUUGUCAUCAAGAGUUCUUUGAAAGGAAUCAUAAUUCUGUAUAACUUUUGAAAUUUCCGUUGAGAAAUUUUUUUUUUUAAAUAUAUCAUUUAGUGAGAUAGUAUAAAAUUAAACUAAUAAAUUUUUUACAAUAAGAAUAUUAAAAUAAUUUUUUAUAAAAAACUUUUCUUACUACCAUUACAAUAAUAAAAAUACAAAAUUCCUAAAGUGGAGUUUUUGAACACUGGCGAAAGACGCCUAGUAUUUCAUAAAGCAAAAAACAGCAAAACAGACAAAGAAGAAACAUGCUCCGGUUUCUCUUUGGAUCAUUCAUGUGACGGAUACCAAACGCAUGACGACGUCUUCGGCUUAUCUGCUGCUUUUUCUUUCGUCUAAUCCAAACGCAAUAACAGAUCCCGCCAACGUCUUCUUUACACUUCACUCCACAAUAAAUUCAACUCCACUCUCAAAAACGUGAUUGUGACUCGUGAUAAUUAUCAAAAAAUAAA